AUGACACCUUCCGAAGCAGACGCUGCUCUGAAUAACACAUUAGAGGAUGUGCAAUCGCUUAUAAAGCGAUGUAUGAAGUUGAAGGAGGGCGAUUCAGCGGCGGGGUUGGCAUUAUCGGAUGAGAUCGCUAGACGUGUGGCAAAAGACUUAAAACUCUACGCAGGCCACGCGACAUCAUUCUCCCCCCAGCUGCUGUCAUGUGCAGCGGUCGUACGGCAGUAUUCCAAGGCUGGCGUCUUUCAAGCAUUGCCGGACUGGACAACCAUCGUCGACAAUGAUCCACGCAUCAAGCAUCAUCCAAGAUUCCACAAGACGGUAAAUUAUCGUCAUGUCACUAGUUUUGGGGUCACGGAACCUGUUGCUUCCGGUUUGACGGAUGCGCAAGCUACCUCCUCAACACUGCCCUUCGCUGCGCCAAGCAAGGACGAUCCUAGUGUGACGGGAAACAUGAAGACACAAACGAAGACCGUUCGACAACCGGCCAAGCGGAAGAACAUACAAGCGGAAGAUGAUGCCACAAAUGAAACUUACGGGAUGCGUAGACCAGCACCACGCCCAUUAUCCCGGCAAUCUGCUCCGAAAAGGAAGAAGAAGUUCAUGUCGGAUGAUGAUGAGAACCACCUGACCGGAAGCAUACUCGUCACCCGGAAGCACAAAUCGUCGGCAUCGACGGCAAAUGCAGUUGCAGGACCUGUCAAUCCAACGCCCUCGGACACGGUCGAUAAAGGUUUCUGGGAUGCAGACACCUGGCCUACUGGAUGGGGUCGUGAUUCCACCAUUGCAACGGCUGGCGGAGUAUUCCGUUCGCUAUCACCCCCGAAAAAACAUGGGUUCACGCGACUUGCCUGUGCCAACUGCGAUGAAAUGAAGAUAACCUGUGCAAUUGACGGCAUUGGCGUCCGGGAGAGGUUGCAAGCAAAGUUGAAGGGAGAUGAAGCGCUUCCUCCCAAACGUACUCAAAUCCGCACCCCCAAAUCGCGCCCCACCGAAACUCAAGCUAAAGCUGCCACCACAAAAAGAAAGAAAAAACCUGCUCGUGUAUUCACCCAUGCCGGACAAAAGGAUGUUCCGUUGGAUUUAUCGGGCGACUCACAUGCGGACCAACCGAUGGAGGGUGUGACUCCACAUCCGGAUCCACUGGCAUCCCCGGCCAUGCAGCCUUUGGAGACAGUGUUACCCCCAGCAACGGCCCAACCGAUCACCGAUCCUACGGUUGGGUCAGGCAGACUCAGACAUCAGCCCGAGCCCGAGCCAACUGCCAGAGAUAUACUGCAUAGUAUACAUGACCUCGGUAGACGGUUUGAUCUCCUUGCCACAAACGAACGGGUGGACGCGUUAGACACAAGGUUAGGUGUGAUGGAGGAGAGAUUAGAUGUGAGGUUGACCGUGCUGGAGAAAUGUUUAAGCGCUUCGAAUCAGCAUUGGACUGCGACAUCAUCAUCUCUGGGCAAUUUGGCCAUGGCUCUUCGGAAGCACAAAGACGAUCGGAUGAUACACCGUCCUUGUGAGAGCAUAGCCGGAGACUCACAAUCGCAGCAACAUAAGGCCAUAUAUCCGUUGUGGUCACUCCACAAUACCGGCAGCGGUGAUGAGGAGGCAGCCCCCUGGUGUCAACAGCAGACGGCUAGAUAA